UGUCAAUCUAAGAGCCUCAUCAGCCGCUGUGGAGUCAAAUCUGGAGCCCGAAAAGACGGCACCAUGUCAUCACGACCAAUCAGAAUCACCACUACAGAGCAGAAUAUCAGCUUCAAUGCUGGGGGUCACGACCCCAGAAAGACCAGCACAGCUCUGGACCUGGUGAGCGGCUGCCAUGACCAGACCUCCAACACUGAAGCGCCCACAAAGAUCAGCGAGGACAGACAUAAAGAAAUGUCUUCACCGUUCAUCGGUUUACUGAGGGUUCCUCUGCUCCUGCUCCUGCUCUAUGGGUUUGUUUGUUCUCUGGACGUCCUGAGCUCUGCUUUUCAGCUGGCUGGAGGCAAAGUGGCUGGAGACAUUUUCAAGGAUAAUGCCAUCCUGUCCAACCCUGUCGCCGGACUCAUGGUGGGGAUACUGGUCACGGUUCUGGUCCAGAGCUCGAGUACUUCAACAUCCAUUGUGGUCAGCUUAGUCUCGUCUGGAUUGCUUGAAGUGAAGUCUGCCGUCCCCAUCAUCAUGGGCUCCAACAUCGGCACGUCUGUCACCAACACCAUCGUCGCCCUGAUGCAGGCGGGAGAGAGGAACCAAUUUAAACGGGCGUUUGCCGGGGCGACGAUCCACGACUGUUUUAACUGGCUGUCUGUGCUGGUGCUGCUGCCGCUCGAGGUGGCGUCGGGUCUGAUGAGUUUCCUGGCCAGAGUCACUGUCAGCGGCUUUCAGCUGCACAGCGGAGACGAAGCGCCUGAACUGCUGAAGACACUCACAGAGCCCUUCACCAAACUCAUCAUACAGCUGGAUAAAUCGGUGAUAACGGGAAUUGCCCUGGGCGACGAGUCCAUGAGGAACCACAGCCUCGUGAAAGUCUGGUGCAAGUCCGGCGUAUUUGUGUCUUCAGUGAAUGUGACAGCAGCUGCCGCCCAGAACUGCUCCGCUGGACUGCAUUGUGGGAAGGACAGUAAUCUCACCUGGAUCAUACAGAAUAUCAGCAAGCCGAUCAACACAGAGAAAUGCCGGCAUCUGUUUGUGGAUUCGGGUCUGUCGGAUCUGGCGGUGGGACUGGUUCUGUUAGCCGGCUCUCUGAUGGUGCUGUGCUCCUGUCUGCUGCUGCUCGUCAAAGUGCUCAACUCACUCCUCAAAGGUCAAGUGGCAAAGGUCAUUGAAAGGGUCAUCAACACGGAUUUCCCGUAUCCUCUGGGCUGGCUGUCAGGAUAUCUGGCCAUGCUGAUGGGAGCAGGAAUGACCUUCAUCAUCCAGAGCAGCUCCGUCUUCACCUCUGCCAUGACUCCUCUCAUAGGCAUUGGCGUGAUCAGUCUCAAUAGGGCGUAUCCUUUGACCUUGGGCUCCAACAUUGGCACGACCACUACGGCCAUCCUCGCCGCUCUCGCCAGCCCCAGAGAGAAACUCCCCGCUGCGUGCCAGAUUGCCUUGUGCCAUUUUUACUUUAACAUCUUUGGGAUUUUACUGUGGUAUCCAGUCCCGUUCACUCGUCUGCCCAUCCGGAUGGCGUCUGCGCUGGGUGAACGCACAGCCAAGUACCGCUGGUUUGCCGUGCUCUACCUGCUGGUCUGUUUCCUGCUGCUGCCCUGCCUCGUGUUCGGCAUCUCUCUGGCCGGAUGGCAGGCCAUGGUCGGCGUGGGUGCGCCGUUCGCCGCGCUCACCGUCUUCGUCCUCCUGGUCAACCUGCUGCAGUCCCGCAGUCCCACACACCUGCCCAAGACGCUGCGCAGCUGGGACUUUCUCCCGCAGUGGAUGCACUCUCUCAAACCGCUUGACAAACUCAUUACCAAAACCACGGCGCUGUGCUGCAGCCCGGCUCGACUGAAUGACCCAGAUGUGGUCGUAGUGUCUCCAGACACAAUAAACAUCAAGCCAGAAUCAAAGAAACAAGCCGAGCAGUGGUAUGAUAACCCUGCCCUGUCCCUACCGGAGGAGAUUUCCUCAGAGCCCAGAGUCUUUAGACUUAAAGGACUAGAGAGAUGCAACAGCACACCGUUAUAGAAAGUCUGUAUUUUUCGUAAAAUGAACCACCCUGGUUUUUGUGCCUGUGAAUGGCCAGUCUCAGAUUUAAGCUCUGUUCCAAAACCUAGUGAAAAUUUUAAGGCAUCAUAUGCAUGAUUAUGCUGCCUUUUAAGAUGUCAUAUUCUGGCCUAAAUAUAAGACAACAUCCCAUGUAAAAAUGCUGAUUAGAAAUGUAUUUUAGUACUGAAAAGUACACUGUAAACCCGAAUAAGUUGGGCUAACUCAAAAAAUUUGAGGUAAUCAAUUUGUUUGAGUUAUGAUGUUCCCAAUUUUAAGUAAGCAGAACUAUCAAGUUUUGAGUUUGUAGUACUCAUGCGUGUUAAUUAAAGUUGAUUACUGUAAACACUAAUAAGUUCUCAGAACUCAAAGUUGAAUGAGAUUUUUUUAAGUUAAGAAACUCAUAGUUUAAGUAAGAUUUUUAUUUUGUACUCAUACAUUUUUGUUGUUCUUAACUUUAAAUAUUUGAGUACACUAAUUUAUACAUUUAAAUUAAAAUGAUCAGGUUAUCUCUCCAAAAACCCAUAUUAACAGAAACUCUUCUGAAUUAGCAUAACAAAACAUUACUUAGUACUAAAUCUCUACUCUCCCUUUCGAGUGCCAUGGGCAAAGCAUGCUGGGAAAUAGAAAUUCCAGCCCAGUUUCAGUUAAACUUAAGUUAGUCUAAAUUAAAAGAAAUUAGUUCAUACAACUCAAAACAAUGAAACAAUUCAGUUUACUUAAAAUAUGCCAGUUCUGUGAACUCAAAAGAAAAAAAAUUCUAAAUACUCAUAACAGUUAUUUUAACUGAACUAAUUUAAUUUAAGUUUGUCUUUAAGUUUGAGCAUUUACAGUGAUAAAAUCAGCAUAGAGUAAAAGAUCUCGUUCAUCAAAAUGAAGGUUAGUUAAAAACAAGAAAUUGAUAUUGUCAACCCAGCUCUCGCGUCCACACAGCUGAGAUGUUUGCCUGUUGUAGCUCAUCCAUGUUGUGUGAAUGAAACAGACACUGACUGACACAUUCAAAAUAUUCUGAAAGUUCCGAAAAGUUCUGAAAAGGUUAUUUCGGAAUGUUCUCUGAACAUUCAAAAUGGCCAUUUUUAAAAAAAAAAAAUUUCUUGGUUAUGCGAACAUUUUAUUGUAUCAUUCUUCAAACAUUAUGUAAAUGUUACUUUUGAAUGUUCUACAUUCUGAAACAAAUAGUAACAUUUAAAAAAAAAAUGUAAGACAAACAUCUAACUAAAACAUUUCAAAAUGCUCCAUGAAUGAUGUAUAAAUAAUGUUUUGUGCUAACAUUUUGAGAACAUUAUUAAAGAACUUUAAACAAACAUUAUAUUAAUGUCACUUGAAGAACGUCUGUCCAUAACUUGAAAAAAACCUUGCCAGAACGUUAGCCAAACUUCUGAGAACAGAUUAGAUCAGUGGUUUUGGCCCUCCAAAACGUAAUUUUCGGCAGAAUAUUUUUAUCACUUCAUAAAAUAGUUCAAUGUAAUUAUAUAUAGACUAUUUUACCUAUUUUGUGUGUGCUGUAUUGUUAUGCUUAUUAGAGUUUACAUGCUAAAACCAAACUCUACUAAAAUCAAAGAGGGGUGCUAUUUAUGUUACUGCCUAUUUAGAGCAUUUCAAAUCAGUCACUUUUAAGGAUGCUGUCUUAAAAUGGAGCUAGUCUCUUGUGCUCAACAAAGCUGCAUUUAUUUGAUCAAAAAUACAGUAAAAACUGUAAAAAUUCUGAAAUAUUAUUACAAUUCAAAAUAAUAGUUUUCUAUGUGAAUAUAUAUUAAACUGUAAUUUAUUCCUGUGAUCAAAGCUGAAUUUUCAGCAUCAUUACUCCAGUCUUCAAGGUCACAUGAUCCUUCAGAAAUCAUUCUAAUAUGCUGUGAUACUUUUUCUAUAUAAAUAUAAAGAUACUUUUUCUUUUUCUAAUAUGCUGUGAUACUAAUAUAUGCUGUGAUAUUUUUUUCAGGGUUCUUUAAUGAAUGGAAAGAACAGCAUUUAUUUAAAUUAUAUAUAUAUAUAGUAAAAUUAUGUCUUUACUGUCACUUUUCAUCAAUUUAAUGCUAAAUAAAAGUAUUAAUUUCUUUAAAAAAAAAAUAAUCCAGACCUCUAACUUUUGAAAACUAGUGUACAACGUAGACAGCAAGGCAGUUCACUAGGUUUUGGAACAGAGCCUUAGAUUUACAUGGUGCUUAUUCAAAUUCGAAAUGCAUUUUUGGAGCAAAUCAAUCUAAUUUUAUUCACCAUAACAUUUUCACAAUAGGUUGAGAGAAUUAUAUGAAGUUUUAGCUGCAGGCCAUUGUGUCUCUGAGAAAUCUGGUAAAUGAAGAUUUUGUUGUUUUGUCCUGCAGUCAUUCACAAAUGUUUAUUAUCUGCAGCGCUAUGUAAAUCUUGCAGAAUAAGCGGUUUGAAAGUCUGCAUCAACAGACGGAGUCUGUACGGCAUAAACAUAACUCAGGGCAUCCCAGCAUGCCUUGUGUUAUUAAAUAUACAGAUAAUAAAAACCAAAUAGCUGUCUUUUUAAUUUCCUGGCUUGCAUAAUGCAAAUGAGAGAAUGGACCACAUGGAGUGUUAUUGGCAAAUGGUUUGUUUUAAUGAAGUAUUAAACAUUCUCCAGUGUAUUAAAAGAUAUUGAAAGCAGAAUAUUUGCUCUAAUUCAAAAUAUUGAAAUGGCAAGAAAAGCUUAUAGAUUUACUGAGUGGUUUUCAAUUAUAAACACUGAAAACUGACAACUAUUUCAUCAUACAGUCAACAAAAACCCCACAUAAUAAUGUUUUAGUGUGUAGGGACAGAACUGUUUAAGUGAAAUAAAUAAGCAUGCAUGUUAUUUUGUAUACGUUUUUUAUAUCUGGUGUAGAUACUCUUCUAUGUUGCAGUUUCUGCAUUGAAUGAAACACAUAGUAUGGUUAUUUGACGGCAGCAUACUACCCUGCUGAAAAAUAAAAUCCUACUUAAGACAGCUUAAGCUGA